AUGCCCACCAUUUCGUUUGUCACGCCUCCGGGCCGGCCUUCUAUUCUAAGGGAACACACCUUGCAAGAAGCCAAAGCUCAGCAUGCCGAUUCGCCAGCACUGGCGGAAAGCAAACACCCGACAAGUACACUGCGAUUUUCAAACACUGAAUCCACACCGAAUCCCGAUCAGCUAGUGAAGCCUGUGCCGCUUACAUUCCCGAAGCGCAUCCUACACCAGCUCACAACUUCGCCCGAACCAGCAACUGAAUCGUUUGAUCUUCCACAAACGUGCAUCUCUGUAGAUGAGGCCAAAUCAGCUCGUAUGCUCGCCGGCGAGUCCAACAGACCUUCGCUGUUGUCGACGACCAUAGUCGCAUCUUCGGCCCAUCCCUCUCGAAGCGCUUCGACGACCAAUCUUGGCAUCCUUCGAAAAGCAGACUCUGAAAUCCUCCGAAAGAGCUUGGAAGCCGUCGUCAGAGAAGCAGCCGAUGUAUCCGAUAGCACCACGACCGCCGCACCCCGACCGCGCUUACACUUUGUCGAACCCCCAAAGCAGCCCGGUACGCAUCUGUCUACCCGCAACGAGGCCGCGCUCGGCAGAGUCAGCUCGGCAGAGAAGAGCGAGAGCGUUUCAACAUUAUCGCAUCCACCUGCCCAUUCCACAGCAGCUGCCCCAGCAUCGCAACCGCCACAGCCAACAACUCCAGCAAAACCUACUCUCAGAAAGCGCAGUCUUGUCAUUCAAGAGCAUGCAGAUGUCAUUGAACGUGCUGCGGAGCGUGCCGCUAGACAAGCCAAUCAUCUCAGCACCCUUGCGCUCGAGCAACUUGCACCCACGGCCACCUCUGCAAGCAGGCGACAGCACAGCGCAUCCUCAGCGGGUGAAGAGACUGCUUCGACUCGUUCCAGUUGGGCUCAGCGCAGCAAUUCACGUGGAUCCAGCGUGGCAACCUCGCCUAGUGUGGUCUCCGAAGACAACUUGCAGGAUCCCCCAGAGCUCCAACUGCCCAAGCCAUCCGAGUCACCACCCAUGGCUUCCAUCUUUAGCCAGCCCAUGACCAGUGACCGAGGCGAUCCUCGACCUUUGCCUGCGCCGAUCACCUCUUCACGCAAGCUCACGUUCAUCAGUCCAGCACCGUCAAAGAGAAGAAGAUCUUGUGAUGCGAAUCCCGUCUCGCCCAGUGGGCCUGCAUCCGGCCGAACCGAUGCUUCUAUGUCGCAGCUUCCAAGCGCUCUCGACGACACAGAUGAGCAGAAACCUAGCGAUACCUCUCGCAGGGCUUUAGCAUUUGCUGUCUGUCCCAAACCCGAACGCGCUGUUCGACUCUCUCCAGCACAUGCGACGAGAAAGCCAAAGAGCAAGUUGUCGGCCAGCCCGGCACCGCACAAGUUAGCCUAUCCUCAGCGACUUCGAGGCAUCCGCGGUACAGAUCCCAUACGAUCACCUGCACCAGACAAGCCUGGCCUCACUUCUGCCCCAGCCGAACAAUGGAAUCAGCGUCUGGACGAUGUCUCUUCCGAAGGUUCGGGCUAUAGCGAGGAUGAAGAAGAUGGCGACUCGGAUCAAGUCGACGAGGACGAGGACGAGGACGAGGACGACGAUGAUGCUAGUCUCAGUGAGUCGAGUCGCUCUGAUCUACAGAGUCUAGCAGAAUCGUUGCUAGAGGAGAGUCAAGACCAUACCGACUUGCAGAGCGUUGGCGUCUCUCCGUCGCCGUCCGAUCGGGUCACGGAGAUGCGUCCAGAAGCAGCCGAGCUCGGAGCGCUAGACAGAAGAGUUUUCGACUGGAAUGCACGUCCUGCGCAAUAUCGAGCUGUGCUCAGCGACUCUGAGCCGCGACCUGACCAAAACAGCUCGCAGAGACGCUCGAGUGUUGGCGCGCAGGGUCAGCACUCUGUUGCGGACCCAGUUCUGGCCAGCCAGACCUCGCCGCCAAGGUUGCCACAGUCAACACGCUCCAAGCAAGCCUCUCCGCUGUCAGCUUUGCCCGGCCGCUCAACGUACAAGCUCAAGCCCAAAGAUUCCCUCUCGCAUCCCAUGUGCUUUUUGCCCGAUGCCUUCGAGGAUUCCGCUCCACCUACACCGACAGAGCCAGACUCGGACGCGUCAGAGGUGCCGCCGCGAUCAAAUCUGCUGUCAGGAUGGCUGUCCGAGGGAGGGAGUGCCGCAAGUUCGCGUCGUGCCAGCUGGCAGCAGCCACAUCCGCACUAUCCGCCACCAGCCAGUCCUCGGGGCCGCAGCGGUGAUGAAGAAGGUCUGGCAGUACCUAUAACCUUGCCACCUUUCCGGCGCGCGCGCGAGCGCACAGCGCCGCUUGGCGUGACGAGCGACGGCGAGCAGAGCAGCAGGUCUCUCAGCGGGAAUGCUGCCUUCAUCCGAGAAUCGGCAGGCGUCAGUCAGACUCCCAUCGGUGGUGAAGAGCGCUCUGAAGUACCAAGUGCAGCUGCAUCUCCCUAUGCAUCGUCUGUUGCCCAUGUGCUUGGCAUCAGCGUGCCCAGUCGUCGGCCCUGCCAGACUGUUUCCUGGCGGCAUCUGUCGAGUCAGCACGUGCUUGUGUCGGAGCAUCCCUCGGCGGGGCCAGGCGCUUUCCGCAGAGCAAGUCAUUCGAUGGAGCCUCGAAAGAUGGGCUCGGCUGUUACCAGUCCCAUCGGAUCUUAUACGCACGCCACUGGCAGAGUCACGCCUUUGUCAGAGCGCCCGAUGCGUCCAUCCGCAGGGAAGCAGCGAGCCGUGUCUUCAUCUAGCUCCAUUCGUAGCCGGCCGUUGGUGGCGCAGAGCAUGCAUGACGACAUUGUUGUCGCCACAUCGCCACCGAGGGAUGACGCAUCUACGCAUCUUAAGCAUCACCUCGCCCACUCGCCCAUGACUUCUGGACAGCAUGUCUCUGGUAGCACUACACCCGGCUGGAUGUCGGAUGGUCAGCUGCCUAAUCAAACUACGAGCAGGUAUUGGACUGAAAGACUGUCGUCGCUUGCACAGGCCAUGUCGGAGGAGUUGUCAAUCGUGGGUAACGCUGUGCUUGGUAAGGACAAGGGAGCUGUCGAAGUCGGACAAGCAGAGGGCUGCGUGAAUGGAGAUGCUCAUCGGCGAUCAAGCUCAGUGCCAUUGGAAGUUGCUGUGGAUGCGGAAAGCAGGGAGAAAGUCAAGCAGCCGCUGGCCGAAGCUGUAUCCAUCGGAUCUUGGGCUCGACGCGAAUCGACCAGCAUACCGGUACCGGUGAAACCUAAGCCCGCAGAUGCAUGGACCACUGAUCGCGAUGGCCAAACGCAAGUCGCGCCAAAACGUCGCUCUAGACAGAGAUCCGCACGAGCAACCGAGUCAGAUGCGCAAGCGGCACAGGAUAACUCAAGCACAGACUUGGCCGAGGCCAAACGUUUUCAGUUUGCGAAGAAAGAGGUGGGCGAGGAUGGGUCGACCAGGUUAGUCGUCAUUCACACCUCAGAUGCGACGUAG